ACUGGCGGGACUUCUUCACAACGUAGUGGAACGGGAGCUGCUUAUAGAGCUUAAAAAGUCGUUUUUACACGGAACCUUUUGAUAAAAUUCUAACAACAUGAUGGCCACAAACGGAAAGGAAGCUAGUGGAGUGAGAGAUGACGUGUCGUCUUCAAACGGCUGCAGAAAAGAUUUUACUACGACAAACUUAGCUCUGGUAAACGGAGCAGCAACGAAAGCUUCGAUCCACUCCAUGCUGCAGAAUGGUGGAACAGUACAUCCAGAGAGGUUCACCUUCAGCCCCGAGCCCACCAUUGAGGAUAUUCGGCGGAUGCAAGCAGAGUUCACGGAUGAGCGGAAUUGGAACCAGUUCCACCAGCCCCGCAACCUGCUUCUAGCCAUGGUGGGGGAGGUCGGCGAAGUUUCGGAGCUUUUCCAGUGGCGGGGAGAGGUGGCCGAGGGCUUGCCUGAUUGGACCGAGUCGGAGCGGGAGCAACUCGCGCACGAACUCAGCGAUGUGUUGAUCUACUUGGUGGAACUCGCCGAGAAGUGUCGCGUCGACCUUCCGCAAGCGGUGAUUCGUAAAAUGGCCCUAAACCGAAUGAAGUACCCCGCCAGCAAGGUGCGCGGAUCGGCCAAAAAGUACACGGAGUACAAGGACUGAGUUUGGCUCUUAAGAUGACUAUCUGGUUUCAACCAUUGCAUGUUGGUUGCAAUAACUGCUGGAGCUGCUGUUUACUCAAGUUAAAAAAAAA